CUCAUUCCCGUCCAAAUUUCUGCAGAAUCACCCACAGUUCAACUCACACUCAAUCACAGUCCGCACCGGAGCUCAGAGCGGCGACGCAAUGGCGGCUGCGAUCGGAGCUCUACCGUCUCUGUAUGCCGGCGCUGGCGAGAGGAUCGACGGUGCUGCCGCCAGCAAGAUGUCGUACCGGAGACUGUCGUUCGCUUCAUCUAAUCUCUCCGGCGAUAAGCUGCUGCCAUUGAAUUCUCCACGGAUGCGUUCAGGAGAGAAAGCCUCCGCUGUUCGGAAUGCUCCGUUUAUCGUUUCUCCUAAGGCUGUUUCCGAUUCACAAAAUUCGCAGACUUGUCUCGACCCUGAAGCUAGCAAAAGUGUCUUGGGUAUUAUCCUUGGAGGCGGUGCCGGGACGCGGCUUUAUCCUCUUACUAAGAAGCGGGCGAAGCCUGCUGUUCCACUCGGAGCAAAUUAUCGCCUGAUUGAUAUCCCAGUGAGCAACUGCUUGAACAGCAAUAUUUCCAAGAUUUAUGUUCUCACACAAUUCAACUCUGCUUCACUUAAUCGUCACCUCUCACGAGCAUAUGCAAGUAACUUGGGUGGAUACAAAAACGAAGGCUUCGUGGAAGUUCUUGCUGCUCAGCAAAGCCCAGAGAACCCCAAUUGGUUCCAGGGUACUGCUGAUGCAGUGAGGCAAUAUCUGUGGCUUUUUGAGGAGCACAAUGUUCUUGAGUUCCUAAUUCUUGCUGGUGAUCACCUAUACCGAAUGGACUAUGAGAGGUUCAUUCAAGCACACAGAGAAACAGAUGCAGACAUCACAGUUGCUGCAUUGCCGAUGGACGAGCAACGUGCAACUGCUUUUGGCCUCAUGAAGAUUGAUGAAGAAGGAAGGAUUACUGAAUUCGCAGAGAAACCAAAAGGAGAACAGUUGAAAUCUAUGAAGGUUGAUACCACUAUUUUAGGUCUUGAUGAUGAGAGAGCUAAAGAGAUGCCUUACAUUGCAAGUAUGGGGAUUUAUGUGGUUAGCAAAGAUGUGAUGCUCAAUCUACUUCGAGAAAAGUUCCCAGGAGCUAAUGAUUUUGGAAGUGAAGUUAUUCCUGGUGCAACCGCGCUUGGAUUGAGAGUUCAAGCUUAUUUGUUUGAUGGCUACUGGGAAGACAUCGGUACAAUUGAAGCCUUCUAUAAUGCCAAUUUGGGUAUUACUAAGAAGCCAGUGCCAGACUUCAGCUUCUAUGACCGAUCAGCUCCAAUCUACACUCAACCUCGUUAUUUACCUCCUUCCAAAAUGCUUGAUGCUGAUGUUACAGACAGUGUCAUUGGUGAAGGUUGCGUGAUAAAGAACUGUAAAAUUCAUCACUCUGUGGUUGGACUUAGAUCAUGUAUUUCAGAAGGUGCAAUUAUAGAAGAUACGUUGCUGAUGGGAGCAGAUUACUAUGAGACGGAUGCUGACAGAAGGCUUCUGGCUGCAAAGGGAAGUGUUCCAAUUGGGAUCGGCAAGAACUCCCACAUUAAAAGGGCAAUCAUUGACAAGAAUGCUCGUAUCGGCGAUAAUGUUAAGAUCGUCAACAGUGACAACAUUCAAGAAGCGGCCAGGGAAAGUGAUGGAUAUUUCAUAAAGAGUGGAAUUGUGACGAUAAUCAAGGACGCAUUGAUUCCCAGCGGUACCGUCAUCUAAGACUAGAUAUGUGUUUAAGAGUGGUUCAGGUAUAUCUGCCUUUCAUACACAGUUUUCGGCCUAAGGACCUUUUGCAAUAGGGUGAUUGAAAGCGUUGCUCUUCUCGGCUGGUUUUACCAUUUAGAAUCUUUAUUUUAUGUACAUUGUUAUUAUUAUCAUCCUCCUUGCCUGCAACUCUUGAGAGAUACAUUAUGUAUUGUGUUAGCACUUAGUUUAAAUUCAAAUAACAAGGUAGG